AUGUGCGGAAUCCUUGCUAUUCUGAUGUCCCACCUGGGGCCAGACCGGCUGCGGCAACUGGCCCUUGAGCGCUCUCGCCUGUUGCGCCACCGCGGACCCGAUUCGAACGGCGUGCACGUGCAAACGUACCCCGAUUCGCUCUGCAGUGCGGUCGCCCACGAGCGCCUCGCCAUCGUUGAUCCGGCGACCGGAAAGCAGCCGCUGUGCGACGCGUCUGGCACCGUUGUGUGCGUGGCGAACGGAGAAAUCUACAACCACGUUGAACUGACCCAGGCGAUGCUUCCUCCGGAGGAAGUCGCGCAGUGGAAAACCGCAAGCGAUUGCCAGCCUCUGCCAUCCCUCUUCAAAUUUCACGGGGCGAGCAUCUGCGACAAACUGGACGGAAUCUUCAGCUUUGUCAUCAUCAACGGUUCCACAGGUGAAUUCAUCGCUGCACGUGAUCCACUAGGAGUCUGCUCACUUUACGUGGGCUACGCGUCCGACGGAAGCAUUUGGUUCGCCAGCGAGUUGAAGGCUUUGACGAAAGACUGCGAGCAAGUGACGGUGUUCCCCCCGGGACAUUUUUAUUUGUCGACGAUCAACGAAGGCAAAGGCGGUUUCCAGCGAUACUACAGUCCCUCCUGGUGGGGCCUCGAGAAGCCGCUGCCGACGUACCGCUGCGAUCUGGGCCACUUGCGAGAGGCGCUCGAAGCUGCAGUUCGCAAGCGGCUCAUGUGCGAUGUGCCGUUUGGGCUGAUGUUGUCGGGUGGCGUCGACUCGUCCAUCAUCGCUGCCAUUGCAGCCAAGGAGUUCCAAAAAAUGUCUGCGACCGAAAAAGGCAGUCACAUCUGGACCAACCAGAUCCACGCCUUCUCCAUCGGAUUGAAAGGCGCCCCCGAUAUGAAGUUCGCGAAAAAAGUUGCGGAUGUGCUGGGCACCGUCCACCACCAAUUCACGUUCGAGGUGGAAGAAGGCCUCGACGCUCUCGACGACGUCAUCUACAUGAUCGAGACGUACGAUAUCACGACUGUUCGCGCUGCCGUUCCCAUGUAUCUCCUCUGUCGGACGAUCAAAUCCCUGGGAGUGAAGGUCGUCCUUACAGGCGAAGGAGCAGACGAAGUCUUUGGCGGCUACCUCUACUUCCACAGUGCCCCGAACAAGGAGGCUUUACACCGCGAACUGCAGACCAAGCUCAGUUUGGUGCAUUAUUACGACUGUCUACGGGCUAACAAGGCGUCGAUGGCCUGGGGAGUUGAGGCGCGCGUACCCUUCCUCGACCGGGGCUUUUUGGACUUUGCCAUGUCCAUCGACCCCGAAGACAAGAUGUGCACGAACGGAAGGAUGGAAAAGCAGAUUCUUCGAGAUGCGUUCAAAGGAUAUCUGCCCGACGAAGUCCUCUACCGCCAAAAGGAGCAGUUCUCUGACGGUGUCGGAUAUGAAUGGAUUGACCAUCUCAAGAGCUACGCCGAGAGAAGGGUGACCGACACUAUGAUGCGCAAUGCGAAAUUGCUCUUCCCGACCAACACUCCUGUAACGAAAGAAGGUUAUCUUUACCGCAUGAUUUUUGCCAAGCACUUCAACAAAGGCAGCGCUGCACGUACGGUUCAUACAGGCCCGUCAAUUGCCUGCUCCACGGCCGCUGCAAUUCAGUGGAACGCCAAAUUUCAGGUCAACGCUGAUCAAUCUGGAAGGGCUGUCGAGGUACACCAGUUCCAUCACGGACGGAGGGAAUAG